CACUGUGGAAGUGGUCUUCCGACAUGAACCUGGCAGCAGACCUUCUCUGCUUGCUCCUGUGCCUCACUGCGGUGGCUUGUGACCGGGUCUAUGUCCAUCCUUUCAAUUUGUUUUCUUUCAACAAGAGUACCUGUGAGGAUAUGGAAAACCUGGCCCAAGAGGGAAGGAAAACAUUUGUCCCUGACUCCAUUGAGUCCCAAACCACACCUGCCUAUGAAGAUGACCUGAAGGACAAAGUCAAGCUGGACACCCUGAGCCUGAGUGGCCGUGGGAGGCAGAAACUGAGCUACCUGAAGGACUUUGUGCAUGUCCUGGGCAUGCGGUUUUACAGUGAGCUGAGGGAAGCACGUCGAGGCCAAAAUGUCCUCCUGUCCCCAACCAGUCUCUACAGCUCCAUGGUGUCUUUCUACCUGGGUGCAUCCAACCAGACGGCCACUGAUUCAGGUUUGCUGGGAUUUGUUCCCCCAUCUGGAGAUCCUGACUGCACCUCUAGGGUGGAUGGGCACAAGGUCCUUGCAAGCCUGAGGACUAUUGAAAGCCUCAUCAAAAACAGGGAUGAGGAGCUGCUCUUUUCCAAGACACUCUGCCUCUUCUCGCCCUGGCUAACCUUAUCUGAACAGUUCGUGCAUGACUUGUUCCCCUCAGCCGAUGCUUUCUGCCGAGCUGUGGACUUUACAAACCCAAGUGAGGCAACAAAACAAAUAAACCUUGUGGAGGCCAAAAGCGAGGGUCGAAGCAAAUGCUUAUUGACAGACCCUUGACCCAUCCACCGAUCUGCUCUUGCGGUGGAUGUCCGCUUGUCAGUGAAUGCUAAGAAAGCCUUCCGGCUAAAAGAGCCUCAGGAGUUCUGGGUCGAUUCGAACAUGGCGAUCUCAGUCCCCAUGCUGUCAGUAACUGGGACGUUCAAGUACAAGACUGACGCCAGCGAGACUUUUUCUGUGAUUGAAGUCCCUGUCAGCAAGAACGCUCUUCUGGUGCUGCUGCAACCCAUCAAUGGCAACGACCUGGACAAAGUAGAGUCCGAGCUCCCUUUGCAGUUUGUGGCCUGGCUCCAGGAUCUGUCCCCAAGAGAAAUUAAAUUAACUUUGCCAGAGUUAAAAAUAGAAGACAGCUCUGAUCUACAGGAACUUCUUGCAGAUAUGAAACUGCCUGCAUUGCUGGGAAAGGGGGCAGAUCUCAGUAAAAUAAGUGACACCAAUCUAACUGUUGGGAAGGUCAUAAAUAAAGCCUUUUUCAAACUGACAAGCGAUGAAACAGAUCAACCAGAAGAUCCCACAGCACAGAAGAAAGAUUUGGGGCCACUCGAAGUAACACUGAACAAGCCAUUCCUUUUAGCUGUUUUUGAAGAGAAGUCAAGGGCAAUGCUUUUCCUUGGCAGAAUAACAAACCCACUGCACAGUGUUUAAAUGCAAGCACCAAGAACUGGGGCAGAGGGAAGGGGGAAGGUGUGGAGAAGAGAGAAACGAUACACAUUUCCCAUCACCUUUUUCUUAUUCAUCAGCUAUUUUUAUGAUCAUGUGGAGUGGUCUACUUAGCUUUGAGAUGAAGCAGGUAGUGUUUGAAAUACAGCUUUUUGAAAGCUAAAAAUUUGCAACAUUCCAAUUUUGGUCAUCUAUUUCAUGUGGGGUGGUGACUCACACUCCUCUCCCAGCUUCUCUUCUUUCCUUCUUCCCAUCUUGUUUCCCUUCUGCCCCUAGCAAUCUUUUUCAACGCAGUGGGGACAAAACAGUAGUCAGCAAGCCACUGACUUAAAAAAAAAUAAAAUGAUUUUAUGAGCGCAAGCAGCAUUUACUACAGAAAGAUAGAAAAAAGGAACUCUUCUGUUCUUGAGAGGUCACUUUUUGUUUGGUCAGUUUUGCAAGAGACAUUCCCUUUCACUUUUUACAGAGAAAACUUUUACAAUUAUACACAGAAAUUUCUAGCUUGAUCAGCACUAUUUUCGUUUAAAAUGCUGCCAACAUCACGGGCAAGCUUUGCUUGUCCCACUGGGACAAGAUUUUGCCUUAGAAGCAAAAACACAUUUAUAGAAAGUUUCUUCUUUCUGCAGCCCAGAUGGGUAUGUUUAUUUCUUAACUCCAUGGAAAAGCUAAAAAUAUGGUUUGGUAGCAUUAAUGAACUGCAACGUAUGAAUUCUCAUAGUGUGACAGCAUUAUCUCUGAAUUUUUAGAAAAAAAUAAGGCUUACUAUUCCAAUACAAUUCCAUUACUUAGAAUAUUUUCUAACCUGAGCGGCAUUUAUUAUAGCUUUAUAGUGAAAAGAACAUUACUGGUUAGAGCCCAGAUCUGUAAACCUUAACACAUCAAACCAUGUGUUCUUAAAAGAUUUAAGAACCAAAAAAAAAAAAAACCACAAAAAAACAGUAUUAUGGCAGUAACCUAUACUACCGUUGUUGUGCUGAUACACAUGAAUAAAAUGGCUUCAGCAGUUCAGUGCAACUUCUUAGCAGUGUCAUAAAGGUUUGAAACAAACUGGAACCACAGAUUAAUUAUUAGACUCGAUUCCUGAAUGUGAAUGAGGAAGACAGGAAAUGGGAGUGAAUUUUUGGUACUAAGGAAAGCCUGGCAAGAGCUUUUCCUUUGAUUUCAGUGAACACGGACUUUGACCUCACAGUUCUAGAUUUGUCUUUGGUGCUGAUGGCAUUCAGACAGUAACUGCAAACCUUUUUGGGAUAUGGUGCCAGAUGUAUUGUGCAGGAGCACAGUAGCUCACUAUCACCCACAGCGGCCCAGAUUUCUAUCUGAUCCAAAACCACUAACACCAGUGCCUUGCUGGUGGGUUAUGUAGAUAGAUGACCUUCUUCUAUCUUAAUAGAAAAAGACUGAGGAAUAUCUUUCUUGAGAAUACUAGAUUACAAAUGCUAUAAUUGGAUAAAUGCAUGGAUGCUGUAUGGAUGUAUGCAUUGCAGACGCUCUAACCCAUGAAUACGGUGCUUGUAUUUUAUACAGCAGAAAUUAGGUAUCGAUAUGCAGAACAGGCAAGUUGCAAAUAAACCAUCUCCAAAUUGCUUUGCCACA